UUCCUGUUGUCCAAUAGAAGGCGUCCUCUGAAGACUUUCAUUCCCACCCAUCGAGUGAAUGCCAGAGAGUUUUUUGAUGGCGACAGGUCUGCCGCUGUGGCAGAUUUUGAUAUAUGGAGGCUGAUUGACCUGUAUUAUAUCGAAGACAAGAGGACAGAAGAAAAGACAGAUUUUGCAGGAAUGGAAGAUUCCUUCGACCCACUCAAGUGUCAUGAAGACCUGCCCUCCUCACCAGGGUGCCAUAUGGAUUAUGAUGACAUGCCAAUGCUGCAGGAGGUGGAGGAGGACCAGAGGUCACCGGGGUUAUUUCAGGUCAGCGCAGGAGUGUCUCACCAGGAGCACAGUAGUUCCCCCAGCACCAACUGGCUCACUGAACUGGCCAACAUUGCCAUCAGUCUCCAGAGCCCUUUGUUGAAGAAUGUUCCACAUAAAAGAUCAUCUCCAGUCCACAUCUUUGGCACCAGCAAUAGUUUACAUUCCUAUGCUCGGCCCCCAUUAGCCAGCAGUGCACCCAACCUGUCCAGAGGCCAUCUGAGGGAGCGCAGGCGUGUCAGGGCCAGCAGUGAAUCUGAGUCUGGAGUUUUCUCAAUGUCCUCAUCUUUUUCUGAUGAUGAAGACAUGGCCUGGUCUCACUCUUGGCCCUCCACUGCCUGGCAUUGCUUCCUGAAAGGGACUCGCCUGCGCUUCCACCGUGGCCCUAAUGUAGAGUGGCAGGAUGCUGAUGAACUUGCAGAUUCAGAGGAGGACUCUGAUGAUGAAACUAUGAUGCCGUGUCGUUUCUCUCUCAAGAGCUAUGGCUCAGAGGGUCUGAAGUUGGUAAGCCAUGAAGAAGCCCUAUCAUUUGGUCAGGCAGUUCUAAAACUCAGCUUUGAUGCUGGUUCACCUGAAGAUGGUCUUUUGACAGCCGAGUGCCGUCUAGAUCACCCAUUCUUUGUAAAAAACAAAGGGUGGUCUUCUUUUUAUCCAAGCCUCACUGUGGUGCACCACGGGAUCCCUUGCUAUGAGAUGCAACUUGGUGAUGUGUGCCUGCCGCCAAACCAUCCUGAUGCCAUUAACUGUGAUGAUUCAGUUGUUUUUGACACAUUCAGAAGUUAUGACUUCACCCCACUUGAUUCAUCUGCAGUCUACGUUCUCAGCAGCAUGGCUCGUCAACGCAGGACCUCCCUGUCCAGUGGGGGCGCUGUCAGUCCAGACUGUGAUAAACUUGAGCGCUCCUACUCCCCGCAAUCCUCAAGUAGCAAAUCAAACAGGAGCCACACCUCAGGGACAGCCAGUGGUGCCAUGACAACCAAAUGCAAGAGGCCAAUGAAUGCCUUCAUGCUGUUUGCCAAGAAGUACAGAGUGGAGUACACACAGAUGUACCCUGGGAAAGACAACAGAGCCAUUAGCGUCAUCUUGGGUGACAAGUGGAAGAAGAUGAAGAGUGAGGAGAGGAGAAUAUACACCAUGGAGGCCAAAGCUCUGGCUGAGGAACAGAAACGACUUAAUCCAGACUGCUGGAAACGUAAAAGAACCAACUCAGGUUCCCAGCAGACUUAAUCAAACAGCCAGAACUCCUGCAGCUGGUGUUUUGGAAGGAAGAGGUUAUGGACAGAGUUGGAUUGACCGCUUGAUGCCUCUCUACUCUCCUGCGUUCUUGAUACUCAACUGUGAUGCUGAAUUCACUUCCUUGUUUAACCUUGAAACAUUAUAAAGGCAAAGCAGAAUUACGAAUAAUGUAUAAACAAAAAACAUGUAAUCUAGUCACUAACAGUGCAUAUAUAUUUUCUUAUAUUUUUAAUGACAAUAAUGUCUUAUUCCCCUGAAAUAGGAAUGGAGCCUGUCUUUCAUUUCAGGUUAUUUCAUAUUCAAUGAGGGCAUGUGGUGCUAUGCUUUAGUGUAGAAGGAGUGGCAAAAACAAGUGUUUAUUUAUAAUUACAAACAAAGGGGGAUUUUAGCAAACUUUUCAUAACUGUUCAUAUUGACUAUAUUUGUAUGGUUCAGUAAAUUGCACAGAUUGGUAACCAUUUUCAUACCUUUUUAAUACAGUAUAUAUUCUGCAGCUGAGCUAUGGCCAUUGUUUGUAAUACUACGUGCCACGUCUUUAGCGCCACCACCUGGCCAUGUGAUGAAGCAGAUUUUCAGCAUGUGGUGUUUGGUUUACACUCAGUCAUGAAGCACCUCCGCCCUUCACGGCGAGUGCUUAUUCCUUUUGCACUUUAUAUAAAUAUGUAAUCUAUUCAUAUACAAUACUGGCGGCAAACCAUUUGUACUUAUCAGUAUCUUCGUACAGUAGUUAGCAGUUGGAGGUGGUCGCAGCCCCAGAGGCUGGGACGUGCUUUCAGGUUGCAAAGUUUUAAGCACUUCUGAGUGCUUUGUUCAUAAUGUACAGGUAUCACAGGCCAAACAACCUCUUGCACAAAAUAUCCUUGUAUGAUAUUAUAAAUAAUUUUUAAACCAUGCAUAUUAUUCAAGUGUUUGUUUCCUUUUUUUUCAUAAACAGUAAACAGUCAUCAGGACCUAAGUGUCUCCUUGACUGAUUGUAUAUUUAGUGUGUAUGUUUUUUUCCCUCUCUGAUUGAGCUGCAGCUUUCUCCUACUUUAAUGACUGUGUCCUCAACUGACUUAGAUCCAUUUAUUAGAAUCAACUUUUUUUUUUUUUUGAAGUUUUAGGAGCUGAUAUCCACUGAUGUAAAUGUCUGGCUGAGUAAAGCUUGAUGUUUCCAGGUAACAACCCAGUCAGUGUGUUUUAUUCUCUUCCACAGUGGGUUUGAUCUCAUCAAAAACACCAUGCUCAAAUGCUAACGAAGACUCUCAUUUACUCACUGUAAGUUGAAUUUAAUUAAACCCUAUAUUCACUGGUC